CUCGCAGGCUUGCAAGACGCAGUAACAAAAUCGUAUGGCACCCAAACGCAAGCGCGGCGACGAAGUCGCACGAAGCGACGUCGUGCAUCGCCCUGCACCGGGUACCAAGUCGUUUCCCACUGGGCGCGCGGUGCGCGACGGUCUGACCACCGGCACGAGGCAAGCCCUCGUAUCGUUUCAUCAGCAAAUUCUCACCCCUUACUCAAGCCUUCCCCUCGCCAUCUCGCAUGCGACCGUCUUGAUUUUGCAGCACUACCUCGAUGUUUCACCGACUGUUGACGAGAUCUUCGCAGCCUGGAAGGCAGCCGACGAGGCGAAGAGCGAUCAGCUUGCGCAAACGGCCGCGCACCUCCUCGCUCUGAUUCUCCGCAUCCUCACUCCGCUUCCCUUCUUCCACAAGCAGCUGGUUGGCAUUGUCAACAAGCUCGUCACCCCCUCCGAACCAUACCAUGCCUCACUUGGACGUCUAGUUGCCUCUGGGAACCGCGACAACAUCCACGCGGGUCUCGACCUUGCCGCCGCGGCCGCGAACGUCGACACCCCUGAUGUCACUAACCUUUUGGGCUCGUCCCGUGGGCGCCUCGCUGUGAAGGUCUGGCAGGCGGUCGUUGAUGGAGGUGCGGCCAAGAACUUCGGCAAGCUCCUUCAAAUGCGCAGGAGGAACAAAGACGGUACUACAGCCGAGUACGGCGUAGACCCCCUUGACCGCGCCGACAUCCGCCACCUUGGCAUCCACCUUCUCCUCCCACUUCUGCCCACGACAGAAUUCCACGCGCACGCCAAGUCGAUCCUUCCCAAUCUCACUAACGGCCUGAUGGACGACCCACCCGUGACAGUAUACAGGGUGCUCUCGGCAAUGUGGGGUGCGAUCAGCGGGCCGCCGCCCGGUGUAGCCCGCCGCAUAUCUCUCGUUCUCCUUGACGAGGGAGCCCUCAGCAACAUCUCGCGUCUGCUAAGCCGAGAGGCUGUUGAAGAGUCGUCGGAGCGCGCUGUCGGAGACAUUGCCAAAGGGUUUCUUGAGAGUGUGACGUCCAACCCAAUGCGUGGCAUCUGCUUUCCCGAUGAGGGAUGGUAUGAGCGACAAGACGAGGACAGCAAGCAAAAGCGCGGGCUGCACAACCGUAUCAUUUCCAAUGUUGUACGCAAGCUCGGUGCCCGAGUCGUCGACGAUGACGGUCGUGUGGGCGGCUGGGUUCUCAAGGUGUUCGAGGCAUGCCCCGAGCUCGUGGCUGGUUACUGGUCGUACUCAGCGCUUGCCCUCGACCCUCGCCUUGAUGCACGCUGGAUCGCGACCAUGGCAUAUGUUGGGCGUGUUAUCUCUCUACCGCUCCCGGCGCGGGAGAAGUUUAACCAGCCCGCGCCGCGCGGGACGUCGGCUGCUUCCAUGCCUCCGCGCGCCACCCCACCGGCGGUGGGGAUCGUCGUGGAAAGCGUCCUCCCGUCCCCGAUGACCAAGCAGCACCUGACGAAGGGCCUCCAGCACUCUUCGCACCUCGUCCAGCACGUCACGGCGCUCGCACUCGCCCGGGGUCUCCAGAAGCUCUCGGCUGUGCAGGCUCUCUACGCGUCUAUUGCGGAUGAACUCGGCGAGAACAGCGAGGGGCCGUGGCGCGCCGGUGCACGCGAGCUUGAGGCUGAGUGCCGCCGCCGUGUGCCUGAGGUCUCCACGCUCAUCGAGUUUGCGCAGAAGUCGGCGACCAUGGCGCGCCCGCCACCUGACGCUGAUGAGGACUGGGAGCCCGAGCCGUCAGCGGCUGCGCGAAGUGCGAUGCUCACGGAGACGGCCCUUCGUCUCUUCGGGCUGUACCAUCGCACGUUGCCGUCCCUAGCCGGUGAGGCCAAGUUCGACGUUGGGCGACUGCUGGUCUCCGCUUCUAGCAAGAAUCAGGAGCGCCGAGCCCGCCGCGAGGCCCGCGAGGGCUCGGUCGUAUCAGACUCUGGAAGUGUCGUUUCCAUUGGAACAGUCGGCACUGUUGGCAUGGGAGGCGGCUUCGGUCACUCGCGCGGCGAUGUCGAAGGCUUCGAGGCGCUAUCGCAGCUGCACGUCCUGCGACUGUUGUCUGAAGUAUCGGGCUGGAACUGGACGAACAAGGCUUCCGGCUCCCAGUUCACCUACAUCUACCACAUCUUGCAACUGCACCUGUCAACCCGCAACGUGGUGACGCAAGCGAUGACAACGACUCUUUUGCACCGACUGCUCGAGCCAUCCCUCCUGUUCGAACACGACACUCUCGAGUUGCCCAUUUGGCUCAACGCCCUUCCGCGGGCGUCCGACGCCGUCAGCGGGCCAAUGUUCAUUGCGCAGCAGAUCCACCUGCUUUCCUUCCUCGACGAGUGCGUGCGUCGCGCUCUCAAGACCCCUCACAAGUAUAUUGAGGAGGGCGCCACCAUCGCUCCUUCUUUCUCGCCGUGGGAGGUCGCGUCUCCACUACUCGUCACCUUCGUUGAGCAGAUGCACGCCAAGCUGCUAGGUAUGCACAUCGCAACAGAGGCCGCCGCUGUAGUACUCAACUACCUCCGCCGUGUACUCGUGGGCCUUCUUGGGAAGCAGGCUAGUGACGAGUUCGUCCGCGCCAUCGUCACGCGCCUCUCGUUAUCGGUCCAAGAAGCCAAGUCUAAAGGUCAGCCGCGCCAGGGCCUCGACGAAAUCAUUUCUGCCAUUGAGAGCGACCUUGACGUCGUCUUCAAGGGGAGUGCUGCCAUCGCCUUGCAUCCCGAGACCCCCCGCCUUGUCGACGAUGCCGAGUGGUCCGAACGCAGUUUCACGCGCAACUGUCUUGGCAGCUUCGCCAUGGGCGCCGACACCAAACUCGGGCAACUGGCGAUGCUCGUCAACACCGCCUCCGUAGAGGAGGGCGCGCGUCAGGCACAGUUCCUUGUGCAUUUCCUCACGAGUCAGGCCAGUGAAGACGUCCUUCUCCUCCUCGCGACGAUUCUGAGGCGUGCGGGCGAUGACAGCGCAAGCAGACGUCUCAAGGCUGCAGUUUUCAAUGACGCCGCAGUGCGCGAUCUCUUCCUGACAAAGGCAGGGGACAAUCUGCGCCCCCAUCUCGCGGAGUUAGCUGCGACACUCUCGCCAUGCGCGUUCGACAAGGCUCUCGCUGAGCCAUAUGCCCACGCUGCGGCGGAGAUACUCGACGGCAAAACCAAGUUGCCACGGGCGCUCGCCACUUUCCAGCCUUGGAUUCCCUUCCUGACAGCCAAACAGGUCGAUGUUUCCCUUGCCACUGCUGUCAAGCGCGUCACCAAGACCAACCAGGUGGACGAAUUCGCCGCGGCGGUCCUCAGUGCUCUCAUCGCUGCAUCCCGCCCGCAAAGCGUGUAUCCCCAACUGUCCGCACUUCUCAAGCUGGGAGUGUACCGCCCUAUCACCGCUCUGCUCGACUCUGCCGUCGCCUCCUCUCUCUCCCGCAGGCUAGACAUCGAAGUCACAGACGCCACGCUGUCAGAGCUGGUGUCCCGCGGCGACAGCGAUGCUUUUACCCUUCUUGCGCUUCUGAUCAACUUGUCGUCCAAGGCGGCUGAGCGGUUCCGUACGCUCGCCAUGGAAAGCGACUGCCUUAACGAUGCUCGCAUUCUUCCGGCCGUUGCCGCGCUUAACGCGGAGGGUAUUCCUGCCGAGUUGGGCGAGAAUAUCGUCAAGGUGGCGUUCACCGCCCUUGUUGACGCCGCACAUCCUCAAGAAGUCCAUGAUGCUGCGAGGAAGCUGAUUACGACUCUUCCGCGCCAGGCCCAUGCGACGACUGUCGCCGUCCGCCAGCUUACACUCCCGCUCUUCGGACCCCCCUUGGCUCAUACCGCACAGGCUCUCGCUGAGAGCGGUAACGCGGAUUUUGGGGCAGCGCUUGCUCCUCUCAUUGAUCUCGGGUUGCAGAGUGCAACUCGCUUGCUCAGCUCGGACGCUGAGCUGUCCGAGGACGAGCUUACGACUCUUGCCGCGCUCCGCAAAGCCAUUGAGCUCGCUGCUGGGAUGCGAGUGGAGCCGAGCGACCCUGAGCCCGCCAUCACCGCCGCCAUCACUGAACGGCUUGGGAUCCCCCAGGCCCUUGAGUUUGCGGCUGUCCUCGCCCAACGCGCCAUGCUUAAGGCUAGCUUCGUGCGCCAGCAGCUUCAGCAGCUCGUGGCAUCGCGUGAGCUAUCUCGCCUUGCAAUGCCUGGCGCCGAUGACGAACACCGCUUGGCAUUUGUGCGCAUCACCCACGCGCUCUUCCUUGCAAGCACAUACGUGUCGUGCCAACCAUCUUUUGUUGAACCUCUCGUGCCGCUGUACCGCGGCACGCUCGGGUUGGCGGACAAGCUUCUUCUCGAGCUCUUUAUCGCCUUUGAGGCCCAGCGCAAACUGUCCCUCUCGAGUGUGCUUCAGCACUGGUCACCUAGCGGUGGAGUUUCCGCCCGUGCACUCGAUGCGCUCACCUCCCUCGACCCGCAGAAGGUGUUCAACUCGGCAGCGGCCUUCCCGCUGCGCCGGUCGAACCCGCCGCCAGCGGGCGCACAAUCUGUCGACGACGGGCUGCCUCCGGACGUCAAACCUGAUGACGUCUACGACCCCGUGUUUGUGCUGGCACUCCUCUCCACAGUCCUGCAGGACGAACUGGGCGGACUGGACUGGGUGGAGAUACUGCGUUCCAACGUCCUUGGGUUAGCUGUGUGCGGGCUUGCUUCUCGAGACGCUGGCAUGCGCCGCGUUGCGGGCUACGUUCUGGGUCGUAGCGUACAACUCGUCUCGGCUGCCAACUUCCACGAGCAACUAAUGCUGCUGCACACGCUUGAGCUCGUCGCGCACUCCCUUCCGGCGCCGGAGAGCGAAGAUGUCCAACCCCGUCUCUCGCCGCUCAUCACCCUCUUUGUCGCGCACGCCCUGCGAGCCCAGGCCCACCCGUCAAACUUCCUCUUCCCUCUCUCCUCCCGCUUCCUUCUUCAGCGCCCCACUCUCGACGUCGCUGACGUGCCGCUCCUUUACGGCAUGCUUUACGCGGCGGGCGAUGGGGCGCGCCGCGAGCGUGCGUGGAUCGUAAGGUUGUUGCGCGAUGGUGUGCGCUCAAAUCGUGAUGCCUCAAUUCUUGCACGCCGCAACACGUACGCGCUUCUCUGUUCGCUCUUCCAGAGCAGCCUUGACGCGCCAUUCCGGCGUGCCGUUCUCGCUGCCCUGAGAAGCUUAGCGCGCACCAGCACUGGCGCGCGUGCACUCCUUCGCGCCUCCCUAGCUCCAUGGAUUCGUGUGCAAUGGGAGGACGCAGGCAAUCAUCCAGCUGCUGAGGAGGUCCGCGACGCCCUCCUUGGCCUGUUGGACGACGCGGUGGCCGCUGCCGGCACCGAGAGGGCAGCUUGGUCUGGAGAGGUCGCCGCCCUUAUCGCCACGGUCGCGAGCGCCGAGCGCUUGGUUCCCGCUGCGACACUAGCGUUCCGCCUCGCCCGCGCCGAUGCCAGCACGGUAUUCACCACGCUCCCACCGCUCGUGAAGCUCGGCGAGGACGAGCGCGCAACGGAGCUGCUCUUCCGCACAUCCCUUCUCACCCCGGAGGGCGAAGAGAAGCGCCUCGCUCCCACUCUUCAUAUGUUGGCUGGAAGAGUUGCUCGGAUGCAGGGCGGCGUGGGCGCAUGGGCUCGUGCCGAAGCCCGUCGCAUGUAGAUAGUAGAUAAUUGCAUGUACGGGUCUAGAUGAAUGAGAGCUUGACAGCCGGUAGAGGCGGUACGCCCAGAAGCGAAAGGAGAUAUAUCCUGAGGUUGUCUUCGAGGGCGUCGUCUGGGGCGUUGCCACCCAAGUCUUCUAUCCGCUUGCGCAGCUCAAGAGUUUCGAGGGGGUCCACCUCAUGUGCGCGUCGAAUGUACUGGGGUCAGUAGGCCCGUUGAAGACAACGUACUGGUAGGACGUUGCCCAUUGGGAG